UUAGUAAUAAGUUUGUAUAUGCCCAAAGCGUAAACUGUCAAAUUAUUUAUACUCUUUAUAAUGGUAAAAAUUAACAAAAAGUUAUUUGGAAACUUCAGCAGGUUACUCCUGUUCCUUUUGCUCCUUCUAACUACCUCCAAUGCUGGAAAUUGUAAUCUCCAUCGACGGGUGAAGCGCCUCUCCAGCCCAUCACUCACCGAGAAAACCAUAGAACUAGCCAAAUAUGUGGUCUCCAUUCGGUCCCGUACACCCAGCCGCUACUACGGAGACAACCACUACUGCGGCGGGGUCAUUGUCUCGCUCACCUUCAUCCUGACCUCCGCCCACUGCGUCAUGGACCAGCGCAAGAUCAUGCAUCGCAAUCGUUUUGUGGUCAUCGUAGCUGGAAACUUCAUUCGUCUGGAUUACAGGAACAAGUACACGGUGAAUAGGACCGUGAAAGGGAUCUUUGUUCCAGAUGGUUUUACGGCUGAAAACACCCACAACAUAGCCUUAAUAAAGCUGGCCAAAAGUCUGCCUCUAGACAAUCCAAAUGUGGGUGUAAUAAAUUUGCCAAAGGCCGAACCCAAACCGGGUCUCAACUACACGGUUCUGGGCUGGGGUCGGAUGAUGAAGGAUGGUUUCAUGUCCUCCCAAAUAAUGAGCAUUGAUGUAGAGCUAUUUUCUCAAGAAAGCUGCGAAGAAAUGCUCAACACUUUCAUAGACGAGAUGAUGUGUGCCAGAAACAAGAAUGGAGAUCAGAAUGCUUGUGCUGGUGACACCGGAAGUCCCCUGAUUCUCAAUGAAACUGUCUAUGGGGUGGUGAGCUAUAGGAUUGGAUGCGGAUCCGAAAUCCUACCCACGGUUUACACCAACGUCUUUAUGCACUUAAAGUGGAUCGAAGAUGUUAUGAAGAAGAAUUCAGCGAAUCAUCUGAAACCUUUAAUAAUGUUUCCCAUAAUAACACCCAUUGUUUUGCUCAUUGGAAAUAAAAUUCUGAAAGGUUUUAGACUUUAUUUGAUCACCAUUUAG